UCAUAUUCAAAUCAGCUUCCACAGAAAAGUAGCUAUAAUGGGUUGCUUUCCAACUUGCUUCACUUCCUCUAGUCGCAGAAAGCUUCAAAAACCAGUAGCUGUAACUCCAUCUACACAACACCAAUACCAACUCCUUGAAACUACUGAAGAAGCUGUUCGAGUUGAACCCGCAAAGCUAGAUGACAUUAUCAAACCCAUUACAGAUUUCAAUGCACCCAGAGAGGUCGUUGAAGAGCAAACCAAGAUUGAUUCUAAAAAGAAAGCGACAUGUGAUUUGGUGGAAGAGAGUGUUGAUGAGGUGGAAACACCAAAAGAGAUUGAACCAAUUUUGGAUUCUAUUGGAUCAACUGUGGUACCAGCUCCACUGAGUUAUCGGUAUGAGAAUCGCUCAAACAGUGAGGAUGGAGAUGAAAGUGUGAUUGAUUUAUCAGGGAGUGAUCUGAAUGGAGAUGAUUAUGGUGAAGAUGUUACUAAUGAGGUUGAGUGCAGUAAGCAAACUGUAAUUCAAGAACAAGAGUCUUCAGAUUCUUUGUUUUCGAUAUCAAUUGAUUCGAGGAAGCAAUUUUGUGAUGCUGAAGAGGAUGAGAAGGAGGUGAAUAGUCCAAUGCCAAAGCCAAUUGGUAGUGUUAAUAGUAUUAAGAGGCAGCAUUGUGAUUCAGUGUUGAACCCAAUUGAGAAUCUUAGUCAAUGGAAUGAGGUAAGAGCGAAAGCGCUACCUUUAGCUUUGAAUCACCAAGAGAAGGAGAACAUGAAAGCGAUUCCUUAUGUUUCAAACCACCAAGAGAAGGAGUACAUGAAUGCUGAGCAACAAUAUUCCAACAUACCCAUUAGUCCAGAGCCUACAGUGAAGCUGUCAAAACACUGCAGAAGAAAACCACUCAGCUCCAAUGAGCUAAGGCUUGUUGAUCAAGAACUUGGGGUCGACACUAGCCUUUCGAGCUGGUUGGUUGAAUGUGAAACUACGCCCAAGUCGAAUGCUAGUGACAGUUCAGUGGGGAGCUUGAUGUAUGAGGGAGUGAGUUCAUCAAAAAGUCAUGGAAAUAGACCAAUUUUGGGAGCAUGGACUAGUGAAGAGCUUAAGCAGUUGUCUGAUACUUCUGCUCCUAACCAAUUGCCAAGCCCGAGUUCUGAUCAAAUAUCGAUCAUAGGGACUGUAGGGAGCUACUGGAGUCACACUGGCCAGGCCACGGAUUCAGACUCAAGCUCUUCCGGCAGACAAAAGGAAAACACAGCAGGCAUGAACAAAGAGGAUGAGAAAGUGAAAUGGAAGACUACACCAUCCAAGGAAAGAUUGGAGAGAGUUUUAGAUAUGGGCAUACUUGGAGUCUAGUACAUCUUGUAUAUAUGUAGUUGUGGUUCCAUUUGCUUUGAUUAUCGAGUGUGAAGUCAGUUUGUCUAAUGACUAAUAUGAUCAAUAAGAACGAGACUUGUUACUU